GACAGAAUAAGUUGAACAAAAACAAAAACCAAGAAGAGAAAAAGUUGCUCAACUGCCCCUGAAGGGAAAUGAAAUACUUUCAGAAUGUGGCAUUCCUGAAACUCUGCAGUGAUUGGCUGUGAUGUCGAGGUUGAGCCCAUCCAGUCCUGCCCCUCGCAGUGUUUAGAGAGAUCUUUUAUAGCCUUAAGUUCUUUAAAAGUGUCAACAUUCACAUCUGCACACGGACACGCACACAUACGACGCCGUCAUGAUUUGUCCUCUGGUGUUUGUCCUCUGCGUGGGACUGCUGCAGCACACGGCAAGGGCCGUCGUCAUGGAUAAACUAGCAGACGACAAGAUGUGUGGCGACGAAGAAUGCUCAACUACCCUGUCUAUGGCCACGGCCACAGAUGACUUCAUCGCCCCCGACUGCCGAUUCCUCAACAUCAAGAAGGGUCAGACGGUUUAUGUGUAUUCUAAACUCGUGCCAGAGGAGGGCGCCGGAGUCUUCUGGUUUGGAAGUGUUUACAGUGAGCGCUACGUGGACCAGAUGGGCAGGACCGGAUACUUCCCUGCGACUGUGGUGACAGAGAAACUCCAGUUUGCAAUGAGCACAGUUACAACCUCGACGACUGCGGGGGACUUUGUCUGUGAUUAAGUCAUGACAGAGCAAAGCUUUAUUUCGUGACAAUGUCUCCCACUGGAAUGAAAACUUGGACACCGUCUUUCUUGUCUUAACCCUUUAACACUUAAGUCUGUAAAUGUCUGUCUGGACUUUUUUUUUUUUGCUUAUUUUAACCAUAAACGGAUGAGAAAAAGUGCUUUUGACCCUUUUUUCCCCAAAUAACUUUCAAUAUCUGGCAGUUAUUUACAAUAUACUGCAUGUUAAAAUAGUGUAUUAACAACUUAAAAUAAAGAAAAAUGGUUUUAUUGAGACAAAACCCUGUAGCUGUGUUAGGGAGGGUGCACGAUGAAAGAUUCAAGAGUAUUUAUUGUUUUCUCUUGAAGGACAAAACAAGGCAAAAUCAAAAUCACUUCUUCUUUGAAGUAGAAAAUAAACUAGACUAUACUUAGCAUUAGAGCUACUAAACAAAAGGCAAAACGCUGACGUGUUCUCUUGGAAGCAUAAACGACGCACUGUCACAUGACAGAGGGACUGGGGACACUAUAUAGGGGAGAGGGAAUCAAGGGCAGGUGCGAGUGAUUACUUAAGGAUCACCAGGUGAAGUGCAUGAGGGAAUUAGGGGAGAUGUGUCGAGACUGAUGGAGAAACAACGCGACAGGAAGACAUGGAUGUUUACCAAAAUAAAAGGGGAAGUAAAAAUCAAACCCAACACCAAAAGUGACAUGAACUUAACGCGACUUUAAACCUAAACUAACACAAGAAACUAACAGAUCUGACGCCUCGUCACAAGCUGAACACGAACAUCAGAUUUUUCACGUCAAAUUUGGCAACAAAGACGCUGAUUUGACGACUUCCUGCGAGUGAAAUAACCGCAAUAACCACAUGUUGGCUUUGGCGUGCAACUUCUCAAUUUUUCCAAUUGCACAAUCUGUUGCGUAAUUACGGUAAUGAAAAGUCAUCAGUCAAACAUGUCAUCUGCGAUACACUUGGUGUUAAAGGGUUAAAAGGGACAUUUUGCUCAAUAAACAUUGUUUUUCCACAUCAAUACAAAACAUAGACGACUGAAAAUGUGCUUAAUUGACUGUUCACGGUUGGACAUUUCUGUUUUAUCCAAUAUAUAUUCACUAUAUCAGCUUUAAUAUCAAGAGACGAGAGCUGAAUUUUCUGUGGUAAAUCCUCUCCUGUUGCAAACAUAUUACCAAACUCCAUUUGUAACGCUGAUAACGUCUGUUUUAUUGCUGUGUCAAGGUUUCUUCUCUGCUGUUUGAGACGUCCUUUGUCAAAUAAAGCCAGACACAGAGAGUUAUGAUUCAUUCUAAACACCAGGGAAAUAACUCCACUGCUUAUCUUUUUCUUUUUUCCUUUUUUCUGUUAAAAUAAGCUUAAUCUUUAGGGGGAAAAAAACUAACAGCACAAUAGCACAUUUGCUUUAUGAAAUGUAUUCAAUACAAUUAGUCAUGUAAGACGAUUAUAAGCAGCACAAGGGAUUUCAUUAAAAUAUGCUGUGGCUAAUUAAUGUGACUCAAUUGCCCCUCUCUUGUGCACCCAUUCAUGAACGGUAAAUCUAAUGACAUUAAAGGUCCACUGUGUAACGUUUCA